AUGCACAGAAGGAGGGAAGAGGAUCCAGAGAGAGAGAUGGCCGCUGUGGACUUUGUCGUUGAGGAUGACUCUGACGACACGAUGCGAGAAGAAGCUGAGGAUGUGUUCUUGGAGGAUGGGGUGUCGUCCCGAAACCCCAAGAUCAUGGCGGCGGGCACGCACUCGCCGGGAGGCCCCAACGGUAUCAUCCGGAGCCAGUCCUUCGCUGGGUUCAGUACGCUGCAGGAGCGGAGGUCGCGGUGUAACUCCUUCAUGGGGAACUCUGCUGUGCAGAAGAAGCCCCAGUCUAAGCCCAAGAAGUCUCACUUGUCCGGACACAAAGGAGGAAGUGGGUCCAGAGAGCCUCAGCCCAAAAGAUUAGAGGAAGUCUACACUGCUCUGCGACAAGGCCUUGAUGAAUACCUAGAAGUCCAUCAAACAGAACUGGACAAACUCAUGUUACUGAUGAAGGACAUGAAGAGAAACUCUCGUCUGGGAGUUCUGUACGAUCUCGACAAGCAAAUCAAAAGCAUCGAGCGAUACAUGAGACGACUGGAGUUUCACAUGAGUAAGGUGGACGAGCUGUACGAGGCGUUUUGCAUCCAGAGUCGGUUGCGGGACGGUGCCAUUCGGAUGAAGCAGGCGUUUUCGUCGUCUCCGUCCACUAAAGCCACAAAGGAGAGCAUCGCAGAGGUCAACCGCCGCUAUAAAGAGUACACGGAGAACAUGAGCACGUUCGAGACCGAGCUGGAAAACCUGCUGGGGGAGUUCCAUAUCAAAAUGAAAGGAUUGGCUGGAUUUGCAAGGCUUUGUCCAGGAGACCAGUAUGAGAUUUUCAUGAGAUAUGGUCGCCAGCGGUGGAAGUUAAAGGGAAGAAUUGAAGUGAACUCGAGGCAAAGCUGGGACGGAGACGAGAUGGUGUUUAUGCCGUUAAUAAGUGACCUCAUUAAUAUCAAGGUGACUGAGCUGAAAGGCCUGGCCACUCACAUGUUGGUGGGCAGUGUGAUCUGUGAGACGAAGGAGCUCUUCACGGCGAUGCCUCAAGUGGUGGCUGUUGACGUAAACGAUCUUGGCACCAUCAAGCUGAACCUGGAGGUCACGUGGUACCCCUUUGAUGUGGAGGACUUGACUCUAUCAUCUUCUAACGUGAGCAAAGCUGCAGCCAUCCAAAGACGAGUGUCGGUCUACAGCCAGGGCACACCGGAGACCCCCACUUUUCAGGACACCUCCUUCUUUUCCACUUUACCGGACGACAUGUUUGAAAACGGCAGCUGCGGCGUGGCCGAAUGCAAGCGCCUUUCUUUCACCUUCUCGGAUACUUCUGUUUCCACGCCAAGCCCCGCCCCCAGCACACACUCUACAAUCCAAUCAAAUCCCGAAAUCACAGUCACGCCUCCGGAAAUGGACCUAAUACCUUCGCACUUCUUGCCACCGCGGGAAGACUCAAUUGCGGAGGAUGAGGAGGAGGACGAGGAGGACGUGGAGAGCAGGGGUAGUCGUGAAACCAGUGGGAGUAUGGCCAGCGACGAAGCGACCGAGGACUCCGAAUGGGAACGCACAGAAUCCCAAAGAAACUCAGGAUCUCACUGCGGAUCAGAAAGCCAUUUGACAACAGUAGCACCAGAGGAUGUUUUCUUGGACCAAGCGGACGAACUCAAACCUGUGGAGUUGGACUCAGAGGAGAACGGGAACUUGACCCGACAGCUGGUGAAGAGGCUGACGUCCUCUGAGAUGGAGCCGCUUGCGCUGACCUCCGCGGAGGCAGUGGCUCUCAGCUGGAACGGGGAGGGCAGCCGGGCCUUUCUCGAGAGUGGGCUGGAGGAGGCCAUCCACAGUCUGCUCAUGAGGCUGGAGGCCCUGACCCAUCGAUGCAGAGAGCUGCAAGACCUGGAGCAGGAAGUCAUGAGAUUUGAAGAUAUCCUAAAGUGUCGUCUACCGGGACACAGGAGCCGCUCGUCCAGCCUCAGUCUCACCGUGGAGAGCGCUCUGGAGAGUUUCGACUUUCUCAACACCUCUGACUUUGACGAUGAAGACAUGGGGGAUGACAACACAGUCCUUAACACGCCGCUGCAAAGGUCCCCAGUGUUUGAAGCCGAUGGAGAUGCUAUCGGGGGUCAGCAUCCCGAGGCCAGAGGGCACCUGAGUGAAGCCCUGACGGAAGACACUGGAGUGGGCAACAGUGUGGCAGGAAGCCCCUUACCUCUCACCACUGGGAAUGAAAACCUCGACGUGGCUAUUGUCAUUCACCUCCAGUACUGCGACCACCUCAUUCAGUUGCUGUCGAGUGGUGGAGUGUGGCAGAAGCGGAGUCUACUGAACAAACUUGCUGGACAGACGCAAAUGCUGGAGGAACUUUCAGAAAUAACUGCAGAGAAAAUGGGAGCAAUCACAUGUGUCCCUGAUGUGGUCCCGGGCCUCGCAGAACGCUCGGAGAUGAUGUCUUUGUGGUCAGAGUGCAGCGGCUCCUCUGGGCUUUUCCACACCACGCUGGACCGUGUUUUCAAGCACAUGAAGCAUCGUUUUACCACUGCCCUGCAGGACAAACACCCACACAGCGCAGAGAAAGUAAUCAGUGUGGUUGUGGGUGAGAUGGUGGACAAGGCUUAUCUUACUGCUGGGUCUGACUCUGCAAGGAUUGCACUGUCCCAGGACGUCCUGACUGUGUUCCAGUUUAACUCGUACGUGUUCCAACAUGAAGUCCAGGACAUGGAGAAGCACCUGCUCAACCUGGCCAGAGAGGAGGUGUUUGCUGAAGCCAUAUCUAGUGGAGAUCACCGCCUGUGUCUGUCGGAGCUACGGGAGGUGCCCUUGUCGUCGCUUUGGCCCAGAAACCAAACCUUGAGGUCGCUGGCUGCUCUGCUCACCGCAGCGGAUCCAGAGCUGAGCAAAACCACCGCCGACUACCUCUUCUCCGCACCCUCCAACAGCUUCUUCAGGGCCAGGGCAGUGGAGGGUUACACCCAGGCUCUAUCAGAAGAAGGUGUUCAGAGCCAAAGAGCGGCCUGUUCAGCACUCAGCUGCCUGCAGGCUGUAGAAAGCAUCAAAGCUGUGGUGGCUCUGUGUGAUUCAGCUGAUGAAGAAUUGCGGCACGUGGCCACAGAAACUCUGCUCACAUUUGGUGACGAGGGGCGGCUGGCCUACGAGCAGCUGGACGCCGUAUCUCCAGAGAUGCUGCGUCUGGGGACCCGUCGGGGCAUCGCGGUCACUACUGCCUUCUGA